AUGCUGUUGAUAAUACUCUCACACCCUUCAACGUUCGUGUCUUACGUUGUUGCAUAUACUAUCCUUAACUUCUAUAAGAAUAGCAUACGACAGCUCCAGAUAGUCAUAGUUGAACACCAGCAGCACCAGCUCAAGAACAAUAUAAAUCAUGAUCUCAGUCCGUGGUGUGGGUUGACCACACUCAAUAAUAAUCACUUUCUUAACAAACAAUUUAUGGAUGUUUUAGCUUCGCAUAUCAUAUUUGGCAGCGCAUGCUCUAUACCCUUGUUGCUGAUAAGAAAUUCGCCUACACCUGCGAUGAACUUUAAUGUGAUGGAGAAACCGCAACAGAAAACGCUAGAAGUGGUUAUAGCUGACUUGCAGCCUCAAUUCCAGGCCCGUACACAAACAAAUGUGGUUGGAUUUCUCUACCAUCCAAUAUUACUAAUGAAUGAUAUCAGAGGGAGGAUGUUGGGCUCAGGGAAGGUGAUCUUCACAUCUCCACUACACGGAGAAGUUGAUGGCAUAGUGCAACAGUUUAGAAACAAUAAUGCUGUAGAUGAAGUUGUAGUAUUGGACUUCUUUCAAAACCAGGACACUCUCCAAAGUUCCGUAGCAUCACACUUCUUGGUUUAUUCCAAUUUGUUCAAUAUCCAGUACCAAGGGACAUCUUCUCUAGCCCAUCAACAACCUAGGGUACGGCACCCUGCUACGGCCCUUUGGCUACCAAGCUUUAAAGCCAUAACCAACUCCAAUGGGGAGCAUCUACUUAGCUACGAGACAAACCACAAUUCCAGUCGAACGACUACAAUAUCCAUCCAAACGAAUUCGUACAACCCGAUCAGAGAAGAGAUCGUGGCGCAUUUGGACUUGUUAAUGGCACUAGGAACCGGCGAUUUUGUUCUACAAGUGAUAAACCAGGUACUCCAAGGAAGGAGAAUCCUGUCCGUCCUCUAA